AUGGUGUCUUUCCCAACAUGGACAUUCAGUGAAAAAGAACGAGAUUUCGUGCUCGAAUACAUCACGGACCUACAUAUGUCGAAGGCCAGAGCUGAAAUUCUGGAGGAGAAGGUCUUCAAAACCCAGUUCACCAAGAUGAGUUUGCUGUUGCUUCGUGGACUCUUUGCCGCUGGCGUGCUGGCAUUCGUCUUUGCGAAGAAGCAAUGGAGAGUGAACUAUGGACUAGAUCUCUCGAGAAGUAUGCUGGCGGUGCCAUACCACGCGAAAGAUAACCCAAGCCCUAGGUCCGAAUUCAGCCACCCAGAUACCGCGAUCGCGUUAACAUGUUUGUCCUACUACUAUGGUGGUCUAACUGACGAGCAAAUCCAUGACAGCUUUGAAGAGCUCCUGCUCUCAGAUCAGUCCCAGGAGGAGUAUGUGCGAUGGAUCCAAUACUCGGAGGACUUUCCAAAGAAGUUCAAGCGCUUAGCCGGAGUCAAUCUCAGAGACAAGCAUCAAUGCACGCAAGAACUCUUUCCUGCACUCCGUCAUUCGAAGGGCCUCAUCGACUACUACUUAGAACACUUGGUUUUCCCCAAGGAAAUGAAGGAGUUCAGCAACAAGUUGUCGUCCUCUGGAUGGGAGAUCGCUCGCGAAAAGACACACCCCACUACUGGGUUCAGUGGAACGAACGACAGCAAGUACAUGCUACCAAUUCCGAUUAAGCAGUGCGAGCUGCCCGAACAGCUGUCCACCAAUGCAGAGGUACUAGCGUGUCUGCUCCAGCCUGAAAAUAUGUAUGAUACCGUCUACGCACCACGGGUGGAGGCUCUCGACGCAGCAGCCCUUCUUGAUAUAGCAGUCAACAUGGAUCCCCCAAUCCGAGUUCUUCUGGACGUCGGCGCCCAGCUCCUUGACGACAACGAGAGAAUAGCCUCCAACUGGUUGGACAAGGUGUCCCCCGACAAUGCACAGGCCGUAGUAUUCAUCCAUGAUGAUGACAUUUAUGUGCUGAAUCGAGAAGGCAUGAAAGAGCCUUUACUAAUCUCUCCCUUUGCCAAGCAACUGGACCAGGUCCUGAUUUAUCUUGAUGAGGCGCAUACUCGAGGUAUAGAUAUCAAGAUGCCUUCGGACUAUCGAGCUAUAGUUACUCUGGGACCCGAUCUUACCAAAGACAGACUUGCCCAAGCUUGUAAACGCCUCCGAAAACUUGGUCAUGGUCAAUCAGUCGUCUUCUGUGCUCCAUUGGAAGUCCGGUCGAAACUCCUAGAGUGCAGUGGAAAGAAAGAUGCCUCACUUCUUGAUGUAGAAGAUGUGUUGUUUUGGACUAUGCGGAAUUCUUGGGAGUUUACGAAAAAGGGCAUGCCCUUAUGGGCGACACAGGGUAUCCGUCAUUAUCGCCGACGCGCUGCAUGUGACUAUUCUGGCCUGGUACCCCGAAUACCACUGGGAAUACUCGAACCUGAAGCUCUCACGUUAGAAGAACGCUAUGGACUCGACCGAGUGUCUGCCGAGGAGGGGAUAGUUUGUCGAAAUCGCAUCCAGGCUGAGACCGAUCUGACGAGAACUGAACUCUCUUCUAUCCGAGUUAAGUGCCGAGAGUUUGGGCUGAAGUCUUUUGGUGAUUCGGAUCUGCAUGAAGAGCAGGAAAGAGAGCUUCAUCCCGAAAACGAGCGUGAGCAGCAAGUCGAGGCACCACCUCCAACCAAGCCUUAUAAGCACGUAUUGCACGAAGAUAUCCGACAACUUGUCCUCACCGGCAAGCUAAAUUCACGUGAAGGGGUGGAAAAGGCUUUCCGGGUAUUCGACCUCACCCGUGCUCGCGACCGACUGAACGCAGAUGACUGGCCUGAAAACCUUCUUAUGUCUCACGAUUUCGCAGCUACUGUCUUGGUGCCCGAGAUAUACAACGAGGGUAAUAAGGACUCUUUCUUGCGUCCUGUCAAUUGGAUUCUCUCUUUUAAGGGUCCAGGUCGCCAGGACUCCUACCUUGUGAUGAGUCCUUUCGAGGUACAAGAGUUGCUGCCGUACAUGAGAGGUCAAUCUCGAGUACGACUCCAUGUCUAUACGCCUCGUCUGAGUCUCUCGAAUCGCAGUCUAGAGUGCCUUUCUUUCUGUGCGACGCCACCUGUCCGGGGUGAUUGGACUGUUCCAGCAAUUUCCACAGUGCUCAAUCUCUUUGCGAGACAACUUUACUUGCGCGACGAGGAUGAAUACCAACGACUCUGCCGCUUCCUUGGGCUUCGAUUCGAGUAUCCUUACCGAGGCGUUGAAAUCAGUGCUGAUGGCUUCAUCUCUCCUGAAACUCGUAUUCUGCAAGACAGCGAGACAGCCAUAAUCUGCAAGUUCGCCCAGAGUCCGGUUGACUUUCUACGGCUCGUGACCAGCUUUCGCCGGCUAGGUCAAACUUUCACUAACUCGCACAUGGGCAAGAUUUUGAGUGGAGAAUUAGUCAUGUCAACGCAAUUUGACACAGACAGUGGGAUGAUUGAGAGAGUAGAGGAGAUCGACGAUCCCAUGGACGUAGAUGAAACCGCUUCUGUGGCACCGUCUAUUCCUGUUAUCAUCAAGCAGGAAAGACGAUGA